AUGGGAACCGCAAGUGUUGUCACGUACAUUGGAUUUUUAAUGGUGUCUGGUGCUGUUGGUAAUUUAUUGGUGAUAUACGUGUUUGGUUUCAAAUAUCGAUCAUCAGCAUUCAACGUUUUGGUAACAGCAUUAGGAAUAUAUGAUCUCUUGUCGUGUGUAAUUCAUAUGCCCAUGGAUAUCUUGGGAACACUUGAACCUGAUAUUUUGCCCUUUUCCAUUCUAUGUAAAUCUUCGUGCUUCUUGAUCGCUUUAACAGUGUUUUCAGCUAGUAUCGUGCUCUUUACAAUCGCUGUGCUUCGUUACAGAGGAGUGUCAAAACCGCUAGGACGAACACUACAACCAAAGGAGGCAAAAUGUUUAGGAUUUGUGACACUAGUUCCAUCUCUAUGUCUUUCAUGGCCCGCGUUAGUUAUGUUUGAAAAUAAAACGAUUGUGUCCGAGGCGGGUGUCACGAUUCAUAUGUGUGGGAUACAUAAUCCUGAUUUUAUGGUAUAUUCGACUGCUUACCAUAUCUUGUUACUUGUCCUCUUUGCCGCUAACCUGGUAACAAUGACCACACUUUAUGGUAUGUUAUCGAAGUUUCUAGUGAACAGAAAAAGGGUUUUUACUGAGGUUGUUAAACAAAAAAGAUCAGUGGCGAUUUCUUCUGUUAUGAAAUCGGGGGUAAAGGAAGAAAGUGGUACCACGAUUCCGCCAAGUGACAAACUAUUUAAGUCAAAAACCGUCUUGUCCACUGUAGAAACAUUUCCUCUAUGGGUCAGCGAAGCAGAAGAAUUUCCAACCGCUCCGAAGCCAACAGUGUUCCAUCAUAAUAACCAACAUCCAUCCACGAUACGGAUAAAUGACUCUAAUCCAGAUACUGUAAAAACUAACAUGUUCCUCGUUGUUCCUAAAAGCAAAGCAUACCAGAAAAGUAUGGAAACUUCCGAAUCGGGUAAUUCGUCUACUAGAAUUUUAGAGACAGGUGCCAAUAACAAAACUUCCAAACCACAAAGGAAUAACAAUAAUGGAAUAUUGAUGAUGUUAUUGGUGACAGUAGUGUUUUGUAUCAGUUACACGCCACAUCUUACUUAUGCUAUGGUGUUUACAUUUUCCGACGUGGAAACUGUCAUUUCCUUGUCAGUGUCAGCCACCACCGGCAUUUUGUUUCGUUCCUUUUAUUUGAACAAUAUUGCCAAUCCUAUUAUCUACGCUCUAUGUAGUGGAGACUUUCGAUCUGAAAUCAAGAAAAUAUUUGUGAGACAAAAAUGA